AUGGCCAUUUCCAUCGAUUUCUCAAUGUUCGACGCGACCGACGCCAAGCUCUCAAAGUCUGCCGAUUCGUUAGAGUCAGCUCUUGCCCAGUUUGGCAAGAACGCCUCCGGCUUUAAUAGCAGCUCUGUUGACAUGUUCGCCCCCUCUGCCAACCCGGGCAGCGGGUUUGACGAGUGGUUGGCUGCUGAUUUUUCAAUUGGUGCUCACUCUGUUGAUGAAACUUCAUCUGUCUCGUCGAUGAGCCCUUUUUCUGCCAUAGAGGACUCACCUAUCCUCGACUUUGCUUCUUUUGGUUCUGCUGUUGAGUCCUCGCUCUUUACCUUCUCUGAAACUCUUCCCAUCAAUGUGCCUAAUAAGAUCAAGUCUUCUCAGGAACCAGUAUUGACCUCAGCUGCUGUUCAGCAGGCGGCUGCUGCACUCAAUAUUCCUUGGUCAGCGGAGCUUGAAUCUGCUGUCAUGGCGCAGGCAGCUCUUAAUGCUGCUGUUGCCAUUCCUGUGUCCCAGCCCUUGCCAUCACCUGUCUUGGCCCCAAAGGCUGAGCCUGAGGAGAUGGGUCUUUCGGUUUCUUCAACUUCAACCUCACGUGCUGGCUCACCAUCUUCAACCCCUGCCUCGACUCAAGCCCCUGUCAUCACAGUUCGUCCUCAUAUUCCUGUUACUAAGGGUAGAGGAUCCAAGAAGCGUGUAUUGACACCUGAGGAAGAAGCUGAAGAGAUCGUUGUGAAGCGUGCUAAGAAUACGGAUGCUGCUCGUCGCUCUCGUCUUAAGAAAUUGAUUAAGCUGGAGGGGUUGGAGGCCAAGGUGUUUGACCUAGAGGCAGCUAACAACGCGCUUAACAUGAAGAUUGCGAUCCUUGAAACGGAAAAGAACGGCUUUUUAGUCAAGGAUGCGGAGCAGACCGCACGUAUUGCUCAGCUCGAAGCCCAGCUCGCUGAGGCACAUGCAGCCUUGACUAACCGUGUAUAG